AUUCCCCGUAUAUAUCGAACUUUUUGCAGCGAAACCCGUAUCCACAAUUGCUUCAAGCUUCUGCAAGAAAGUGCUUGUACAGUCCGUUGCUUCAUGCCACCUUGCAUGCCUUCCCUUGCCGGUGACGGGGAAGCCGACGGCCUAACCGACAGGCGGGCACAUUGAGAACGAAGGCCCGGUGCAACCGUCUUUGCGGGCCUGGCCGGUCAUGGCGUACCCGUAUGUCUUCCGUGCGCAGUCGCCACCAGUGAGAGUGGAGGAUCACAAGGUCAAGGACGCCGUGCCUGUGCCACAGGCCAGGGAGCAGUGGCCGGCCGGUGGCAGCAGAAGCGCGCGCGCACACGGCGCCGAAGCCGGGUGGCUGGGCGGACUUGGCCCCGGGGAGAGGCUGGCGAGCGCCUACGACCUCGUGGAGACGAUGCGUUACCUGUACGUGCGCGUCGUCAAGGCGCGCGGGCUCCCGGCGGGCGCGGCCACCGGCGGGUGCAGCCCCUGCGUCGAGGUGCGCGUCGGCAACUACCGUGGCACGACGCGGCAUUGCGAGAGGAAGGCCAGCCCGGAGUGGAAUCAGGUGUUCGCCUUCUCCAGGGAGCGCGUGCUGGCCACGGCGCUCGAGGUGUUCGUCAGGGACAAGGACGCCGUGGGGCGCGACGACUGCGUCGGCAGGGUCGCGUUCGACAUCGGCGAGGCGCCCGUGCGCGUGCCGCCGGACAGCCCUCUCGCGCCGCAAUGGUACCGCCUCGGGAACGCGCGCGGCGAGUGUGGUGGCAAGAUGGUGGCGCACGGCGAGGUCAUGCUCGCCGUGUGGGUCGGAACGCAGGCGGACGAGGCGUUCGCGGACGCGUGGCACGCCGACGCGGGGUCAGUGCGCGGCCUUGACGGCGUGGUGGCCGUGCAGAGCACGCGGUCCAAGGUGUACGUGACGCCGAAGCUGUGGUACCUCCGGAUAAUCGUGCUCGAGGCUCAGGACGUCGUGCCGCCCGGUGCCGGCGGCAUUGCCGACAAAGGCCGGCACGCCGAGGUCGUCGCCAAGGUGCAAGUCGGUGGCAUGAUGCUCAAGACCAGGCCGUGCACCACGAGGAGUCCAACGAGUCUGGCAUGGAACGAAGAGAUGGUGUUCGUCGUAGCGGAGCCGUUCGAGGAGCCGGCGGUGCUCAUCAUCGAGGCCCGUGUGCACUCCGGGAAGGACGAGAUCGUUGGACGCUCCGUGAUGCCGCUCGCUCUCUUCGAGAAGCGGCUGGACCGCCGUCCGGUCCAGUCGCAGUGGUUCAGUUUGGAGCCCUUCGGGCGUCCGGUUCGCCCGCCGGAGGCCAUCUUCGCCGGCCGCGUGCACCUCCGUGCGUGCCUCGAGGGCGCGUACCACGUCAUGGAGGAACCGACCAUGUACGCCAGCGACACGCGCCCCAGCGCGCGGCAGCUGUGGCGACCGCCCAUCGGCGUGCUCGAGGUCGGCGUCCUCGGCGCGCAGGGCCUCACCCCGAUGAAGACCGUCGACGGCCGGGGCACGACCGAUGCGUACUGCGUCGCCAAGUACGGGCAGAAGUGGGUGCGCACGCGCACCAUCGUCGACUCAUGCAGCCCCCGGUGGAACGAGCAGUACACGUGGGAGGUCUACGACCCGUGCACGGUGCUCACCCUCGCCGUGUUCGACAACUGCCACCUCGGCAACGCCACCGCCGGCAAUGGCAGCAACGACGCCGUCAGGGACCAGAGGAUUGGCAAGGUCAGGAUUCGCCUCUCAACGCUUGAAAUGGACAAGGUGUACACCAACGCGCACCCUCUCGUCGUGCUGCACCCGUCAGGCCUUCGCAAGAACGGCGAGCUCUGCCUCGCCGUGCGCCUCACCUGCCUCUCCCUCGGCAGCGUCGUGUACCUCUACAGCCAGCCCCUCCUCCCCAAGAUGCACUACAUACAACCCUUCACCAUCCUGCAGCUCGACGCCCUCCGGCGGCAGGCGAUGAGCAUCGUGGCGGCGAGGCUGAGCCGGGCGGAGCCGCCGCUGCGUCGGGAGGUCGUGGAGUACAUGCUGGACGCGGACUCGCACGUGUGGAGCAUCCGGCGGAGCAAGGCCAACUUCUUCCGCGUCACGGCGCUACUCUCCGGUGCGGUCAGCACGGCACGGUGGCUCACCGACGUUUGCCGUUGGAAGAACCCGGCGACGACGAUCCUCGUGCACAUGCUCUUCGUCACCCUCAUGUGCUUCCCGGAGCUCAUCCUACCGACCAUGUUCCUGUACAUUUCCAUGGCUGGCCUCUGGAACUACCGCCGCCGCCCGCGCCGGCCGCCGCACAUGGACGCGAGGCUCUCCUGCGCCGAGGUGAUCCACCCUGACGAGCUCGACGAGGAGUUGGACACGUUCCCGACGUCGAGGCCCAACGCCGUGGUGCGCGUGCGUUACGACCGGCUACGGAGCGUGGCCGGGCGGAUCCAGACGGUGGUCGGGGACGUGGCGACGCAGGGCGAGCGGGUGCGGUCGCUGCUCGCGUGGAGGGACCCGAGGGCCACUGCGCUGUUCACAGGGCUCUGCCUCGUCGCCGCCACCGUCCUCUACGUCACGCCGGUCCGGGUUGUGGCGCUCGUCGCCGGGCUGUACGUGCUCCGCCACCCGCGGUUCCGGAGCCGGAUGCCAUCGACGGCCGGCAACUUCUUCAAGAGGCUGCCGUCCCGUGCUGACACUAUGCUGUAGCCUGCAUUUCAUUGCGAUCUGUGCAUGCUGCGUUGCCUUGGACUAUUCGGGUAUAGUGUUUAGCUACAUAUAUAUGGAUUCUGCUAUGAACGC